AUGUACAGCCAGCAUCACUACAACCCUCAGGGCGACUCGGCCGCGUGGAUGCACCAGCCGAGUCACCACCAGCAUGCCCAGCAAGCAGCAGCUGCCGCCGCCGCCGCCUCCGUUGCGCAGCAGGCUCACUACAACCGCAUCGCCGGAUCCCACAAUAACGCGAGUGCUCUGACGGCAGCUCAUGCUCAGGAUGGCAAUAUUGAGACCUCGGUGUCUGAGGACAAUCGUAGAACAUUGGCCUACAUCGCCGACUUGCUCAACGAGAACACUCGGGAGGCUGCUUUGCUGGAGCUCAGCAAGAAGCGCGAGCAAGUCCCAGAAUUGGCUCUGAUCCUGUGGCAUUCUUUUGGCGUCAUGACCUCCCUGCUGCAGGAGAUCAUUUCUGUAUAUACGCUCCUUAACCCGUCUCAGCUCACUGCCGCUGCUUCCAACCGCGUCUGCAACGCCCUCGCGCUUCUUCAGUGCGUUGCAUCUCACAACGAGACUCGGACAUUGUUCCUGAAUGCGCAUAUUCCGCUAUACCUGUAUCCCUUCCUCAACACCACCUCGAAAUCGCGACCCUUCGAAUAUCUUCGUCUUACAAGCCUCGGAGUCAUUGGUGCUCUGGUUAAGAACGACUCCUCCGAAGUUAUCAAUUUUCUCUUGACUACAGAGAUCAUUCCUCUUUGUCUCAGAAUCAUGGAAACCGGCUCCGAAUUGAGCAAGACCGUGGCCAUAUUCAUUGUACAGAAGAUUCUGUUGGAUGACAAUGGUCUCAAUUAUAUCUGCGCUACCUACGAGCGGUUUUACGCCGUCGGUACGGUCCUCAGCAACAUGGUCGCCCAAUUGGUGGAGCAGCAGACCGCUCGUCUCCUUAAGCAUGUCGUGCGCUGCUUCCUUCGCCUUAGUGACAAUGCACGCGCCCGCGAAGCCCUUAGGCAGUGCCUCCCGGAGCCGCUGCGUGACGCGACCUUCUCCUCGGUCCUUCGUGACGACGCCGCAACUAAGAGAUGCCUGGCCCAGUUGCUCAUCAACCUGUCCGACAACGUUGUGGAACCAGGCAGCGGCAACCCAGGCCUUUAG